AUGUAGAACCCUUCCGUAUCUCUUCGCUCCCUGCGACCACUGACGGAUUGCGCCGGAAGGUAGCAAAUGGACGCGGACGAGGGCAACAGCGCGGGGCGGGAGGCGGCAUUACGGUGGCUGGAGAUCGCGGAGACGCUCCUCCGUGAUCGGGACCUGGUAGGGAGCAAGCGCAUCGCGGAGCGCGCCAUGGAGGCGGAUCCCCUACUCGACGGCGUAGACCAGGUCCUCGCCGUCGCCGAAGUUCUCAUCGCCGGGGAGCAACGCAUCAACAACCAAAUCGACUGGUAUGCCGUCCUCCAACUCCCGCUGACCUCGGCCGGGGAGGGAGUCUUUCCCGACGCCGCCGAAGUCAAGUUCAGGUACCGUCGCCUCGCGCUUCUCCUUCACUCCGACCGCAACCGGAACCCUGGCGCCCGCGACGCGUUGAGUCUCGUGCAAAGGGCCUUUUCCAUCCUCUCCGACCCCGCAAAGAAGUCCCUUUUCGACUCCGAGAUCCGCAUUGCCGCCUCCGCCUCCGCCUCCGCCUCGAAACCCCCACCGUCCGCUUUUGCUUCCGCAGAAGAACCAUUCUGGACCAUGUGCCCCUGCUGCUGCCGAAUACACAUGUACGCUCGCGAGUACCUCGACCUCUCCCUCCGCUGCCCCAUCUGCCACCGGGCCUUCUCCGCCUCGGAGAUAUCCCCACCGUCGAUCGUCUCCAGCACCGACAUGUACUACUGCUCUUGGGGCUUCUUCCCGCUUGGGUAUCCCGGAGGGCCGAGAUUCUUGGACGCCGGCAUCAAUGCUCCCAAUCUCGACCGUGAUUGGAAACACUUCUACCCUACCUCUCCCUACUGGGGUAACAACACAAACUCACAGCCACGGGAAAGCAACCCCCAAUUUCAGUCUACCAUGAAGAAGCACCACGACGCCGAACUCCGGUGCCCGACGACACCAUCGACGAAGACAUUGGCACAGAAGAGGAGUAAGGGGGGUCUAAGGAGUGUCAAGACCACAGACAGGGAUUGGGUAACCAUCUCUGAUUAAGCAGCAGAAAGGCCAUAGAGCUUUCAUAUUUUGGGCAAUAUCCGCACUGUGGAUGAUGCCAUGGCAGUUGGUUUGUAAUUAAAUUCUCGGCGCUUGAUGCCAUGACGAAGUAUAUCACCAACUAGAAUGUUUAGUGUCCUCUGUAGUUGAGCCCUUUUGCCUUGUACAUGACUUUGAUCCUCCUCAAUGCCACUGCACCAGAAAGUAGG